CAGAGCAAUUUAAUCGUUGCGAACAAUGAUACAUUAUGAUUAAGCAUUUAAAACUGAAUCUGGAUUUGAAAUAAUUUAUUAUUUAUUACUGUUUAAAUGUCAAUUUGUGGCGAUUAAACCAGUUAGUUGAAAAUUUCGAGUGUGCCGCAAAAUCAAGUGUAUGAUCGCAUUAAAUGUCUAAAAGUGUAACAAAUGUGAAGUGAAACAUUAUUCCAUUGAACGUCACGGAGUUACCAAUAUUUGAUAAUUGGAGAUCGUGCCAUUAAUAAUUAAUUUUAUUACUGCAUAAAUGGAAGAUAAAGUGAAAGGAGCCACUUUGGAGGAAGAAUUUAAAAGAAACCCAGAAUGUCCUGUGGAAAAUUUUCAUUCAGUUAAGAGUUGGAUGAACGCGCAAGGUCACCUACCAAAAAUUCCUGAUCAAAAACUUUUCCAGUUUCUGUUCAGUUGCUUUUACGAUGUUGAAAAAACGAAAAAAUGUAUUGAUAUUUUUUAUGGGCUUAAAACAAAUUGGCCAGAGCUCUAUUCAAAACGAGAUCUGUCGGAUCAUGAGAUAGAACAAGCCUUCAAGGCAGUCGCAAUUUUUACGAUACCAAUUCUUACACCAAAAAGAUAUCGAAUAACUUACCUCAAAAUAACAUCUGAUGAUGCAUCAGAAUUUGAUUUCGUUAUGGCUGUGAAGUUGUUUCUGAUGGCAUACGAUGCAGCUCUAUUCUUGGAUGGUACUGCCAGAGGACACGUGAUAAUAUUCGACUGCAAAAAUGUAGGAUUUAGACAUCUUAUGAAAUGUAAUUUGGAUACUUGGAAAAAAGUGAUAAAAUUAACUCAAGAAGCAUUACCGGUGAGGAAGAAAACUUUGCAUGUAUUAAAUACGAAUUAUUUCAUAUAUAAAUUUGCUCAAAUGCUCAAGCCUUUCAUUAUUCCUGAAGUUUUCAACACUAUACAUUUACACCGUUCCACGGAUAUGGAAGAAUUUUAUAAGAUUGUACCUAUUGAAUGUUUACCAAACGAAUAUGGAGGUCCUUUAGAGUCACCUGAAAUUUUAUCAAGAAAAUUCCAAGAUCAAUUAAGAAUGCUUAGAGAAUAUUUCAGUGAGGAUGACAAGCAAAUUAUCAAAAAAAAAUCUUGAAUUUUAUUUUUUUAUUGUGUCAUUGGUUUACUCUCAGGUGAUUAAUAGUAGCUGAUUUGAAAAUUUACCACUUGCCAUCACCGAAAAAUUAGGAACACAGAGUUCGUCCGUUAGUUCUUUUUACCCACUUCAAGUUUACUAGCUUGUAUUUAAUUAUGUAAAUCAUUGUAUUGCCUAGUAAUUCUAUAGGUAAGUAUUUCAUUUGAUUUCGUCUCAUUUACCUGCGGGUAUUGAGUACCUAUCCAACUUACUUUCUCAUAUUUUUGAUACCAAACCUUCAAGUACGUACCCACUUGACCAAUUACCACAGAUUUAAAAUAUUUUAUUGAAAUAAUCUUUGGUCGUUUCUAUUGUAAAAACUAAAAAUAUACGAAUACUUAUAUUUUA